CAUCAGACCUGCAGUGCUACCGUGAGACCGUGCGGGGGCGCUCUGCACACAGCCAUCCUACAUUGACUGAACGGACAGAGAGCUUUGUGCCGAAAACUAAACCUAUCUGAGUCAGACUAAUGAAUUAAAAACGGCCCGAUUGAAAGAGGCCAGUAGAAGACCGUGUGGACCGCACAUCAACAAGCAUGGAGUUCCCGCAACAGCAGAAGCCUGCGGGGGACGGAACGAUCGUCUAUCCUCCUGGAGUGAAGGAGAUUACGGAUAAAAUAAGCAACGAUGAGGUGGUGAAACGGUUAAAGAUGGUGGUAAAGACCUACAUGGACAUGGACCAAGACUCCGAGGAGGAGAAGCAGCAGUAUCUGGGACUGGCGCUCCACCUCGCCUCUGAGUUUUUCCUGAGGAACCCCAAUAAAGACGUUCGGCUCCUGGUGGCCUGCUGUCUGGCGGACAUCUUUAGGAUAUAUGCUCCUGAGGCGCCCUACACCUCCCACGACAAGCUGAAGGACAUCUUUCUGUUCAUCACCAGACAGUUAAAGGGACUAGAAGACACCAAGAGCCCUCAGUUCAACAGAUAUUUCUAUCUGUUGGAGAACCUUGCGUGGGUGAAAUCAUACAAUAUCUGCUUCGAACUGGAGGACUGCAACGAGAUCUUUAUCCAACUCUUCAAAACUCUUUUCUCUGUUAUAAAUAACAGCCAUAACCAGAAGGUGCAGAUGCACAUGAUGGAUCUGAUGAGUUCUAUCAUCAUGGAGGGAGACGGAGUCACACAAGAGCUGCUGGACACAAUUCUAAUCAACCUCAUACCUGCACACAAGAAUCUGAACAAGCAAGCCUACGAUCUCGCCAAGACUCUUCUGAAGAGGACGGUCCAAACCAUUGAGACGUGCAUUGCAAACUUCUUCAAUCAGGUUUUGGUGAUGGGCAAGUCCUCAGUCAGCGACCUGUCAGAGCACGUCUUUGACCUCAUCCAGGAGCUGUUUGCCAUCGACCCCAUGCUGCUGAUCUCUGUCAUGCCUCAGCUGGAGUUCAAGCUUAAGAGCAACGACGGAGAGGAGCGUCUAGCGGUUGUACGGUUGCUUGCAAAAUUAUUUGGGGCCAAAGACUCAGAGCUAGCAUCACAGAACAGACCGCUGUGGCAAUGUUUCUUAGGACGGUUCAACGACAUCCAUGUACCAGUCAGACUAGAGUGUGUAAAGUUCGCUAGCCACUGCCUUAUGAACCACCCUGACCUGGCUAAAGACUUGACAGAAUAUUUGAAAGUGCGUUCCCACGACCCGGAAGAAGCCAUCCGACACGAUGUCAUUGUCACCAUCAUCAACGCCGGAAAGAAGGACCUGAACUUGGUCAAUGACCAGUUGUUGGGUUUUGUGCGGGAAAGGACUCUGGACAAGAGGUGGCGUGUGCGUAAAGAGGCCAUGAUGGGCCUGGCUCAGCUUUAUAAGAAAUACUGUCUGCACCACGAGGCUGGAAAGGAGUCGGCCCAGAAGAUCAGCUGGAUCAAAGACAAACUGCUGCACAUCUACUAUCAGAACAGCAUCGAUGACAAGUUGCUAGUGGAGAAGAUUUUUGCCCAGUAUAUGGUCCCUCACAGUCUGGACACAGAGGAGAAGAUGAAAUGUCUGUACUACCUGUAUGCCUGCCUGGACACUAAUGCCGUCAAGGCCCUGAAUGAGAUGUGGAAGUGUCAGAACAUGCUCAGAAGUCUCGUAAAAGAGCUGCUCGAUCUUCACAAGAUGCCAGUGUCUGAGGCCAACACCACCGCGAUGCUGGGGAAGCUUAUGAGUAUCGCAAAGAACCUACCGGAUGCCGGGAAGGCCCAGGACUUCAUGAAGAAAUUCAACCAGGUUCUGAGUGAAGAUGAGAAGCUCAGAAUCCAGCUGGAGAUGCUCAUCAGUCCAACGUGUUCCUGCAAGCAGGCUGAGAUCUGUGUGAGGGAAAUUACUCGCAAGCUGACAUUCCCAAAACAGCCCACCAAUCCUUUCCUAGAGAUGGUCAAGUUCCUGCUGGAGCGGAUCGCACCGGUUCACAUCGACUCUGAAGCCAUCAGUGCUUUGGUUAAGCUGCUGAAUAAGUCCAUUGAGGGAACAGCUGACGAUGAGGAGGAAGGUGUUACCCCUGAUACAGCAAUCCGUUCUGGGCUCGAGCUGCUUAAGGUCCUGUCAUUCACUCAUCCCACAGCAUUCCACUCAGCUGAGACCUACGAAUCUCUGCUCCAGUGUUUGAAGAUGGAGGACGACAAAGUGGCAGAGGCUGCCAUUCAGAUUUUCCGCAACACCGGCCAGAAGAUUGAGACGGAGUUACAACAGAUAAGAUCGUAA